AUGUCUCCCGAGAUCCCCACCCAGGUCCAUCUUCAAGAUGAAAUUCUACAACGGAGCUUGCAAAACCCAGAAGACUUCUGGGCUCAGCAAGCCGAGCACCUUUCAUGGCACAAGAAACCCGAAAGUACUCUUCGAAUGGCGGAGAGGAUGCUGCAGAGUGGCGCGGUUCAUCCCACAUGGGAGUGGUUCCCUGGCGGGGAGAUAUCAACGUGUUACAACUGUGUCGACAGACAUGUGGAGGCGGGCAACGGAGACCAGGUGGCUGUUUAUUACGACAGCCCUGUGACGGCCACAAAGGAAAGGUAUACCUACAAGCAACUCCUUGGCGAGGUCGAGACGCUAGCCGGAGCACUCAGGGAAGAUGGGGUCAAGAAGGGUGACGUUGUGAUGCUGUAUAUGCCCAUGAUACCCGCCGCUCUAAUCGGAAUGCUCGCCGUUAACCGCCUCGGAGCCAUCCAUUCUGUCGUAUUUGGCGGGUUUGCACCAAACGCCCUGGCUCAGCGCAUCGAGGCUUGCAAGCCAGCAGUUCUCCUUACAGCUUCAUGUGGCAUUGUCGGAAACAGGCCUCCCAUCGCGUACCAACCACUAGUAGAGAAGGCGAUUGACCUUUCUUCUCACAAGCCGGGCCGCGUUGUGAUCUGGCAGCGACAGCAGUUGCGCUGGGGAAUAAGGACCUGGUGGAGUGUGCCGUGGUGGCGAAGACUACAAAGACUUGUUUGCGGCGGUAAGGCCACCGGUGGCAACCAGUCGUCGUGGCAAGAGUUUGCGGGGAGCGCAAAGGCGAGAGGAAUCAAAGCCGAUUGUGUACCGGUAAAGAGCGACGAUCCCAUCUACAUUAUGCACACAUCCGGUACGACUGGAAGCCCGAAGGGCGUGGUCCGGGACGCCGGAGGCCACGCCGUAGGUUUACAUCUGUCGAUCAGCUACGUUUUCAAUAUCCGGGGCCCGGGAGACGUUUUCUUUACGGCUUCGGAUAUCGGUUGGGUAGUGGGCCACUCCUAUAUUCUUUACGCUCCAUUACUCGCCGGAGCUUCUACCGUCCUAUAUGAGGGAAAACCUGUGGGGACCCCGGAUGCAUCCGCGUUCUGGCGUGUGAUUGAGGAAUACAAAGUCAGCACGAUGUUUACGGCACCAACCGCACUUCGGGCCAUCAGACAUGACGACCCAAACAACGACGCCUUUUCCAAAGUAGGCGAGCGUGGAGGCCUACGAUCACUCAAGGCCCUCUUCCUUGCAGGCGAACGCUCGGAACCGACGUUGGUAACUAUGUACCAAGGGCUCCUCGAUAAAUAUGCUGCACCCUCUCCCCAUGUUAUUGACAAUUGGUGGUCAACGGAGGUAGGAUCACCAAUUACCGGUCGAGCACUCAAUCCCCACGCCGCCCAAGACCGCACUCAGGUACGAUAUUACACUCCGGUACGAAUUAAGCCCGGGAGUGCUGGAAAACCGAUGCCUGGAUUUGAUGUUCGUGUCGUGGAUGAGCAGGGAAAGGAAGUGGGAAGGGGAUCAAUGGGUAAUAUAGUGCUGGGACUGCCUCUUGGACCAACGGCGCUCCGUACUCUAUGGGCCAAUGACGAAAGAUUCUAUAGGAGUUAUUUAAGGAGAUUUGACGGAAAGUUUCUGGAUACCGGAGAUGCAGGGUGGAUUGACGAAGAGGGCUAUGUUCAUGUGAUGGGUCGAAACGACGAUGUGCUGAACGUCAGUGCCUACAGGCUUUCAAGUGGAGCCAUCGAGCAAGCCAUCUCAUCCCACCCUCUCGUGGCAGAAUCCUGCAUAGUGGGCAUUCCCGACCAACUCAAGGGCCAGCUCCCCUUUGCAUUCAUCACCCUCUCCGUCACCAAACACCCAGAAUCUGCGAUACCAGAUCCACAGCUUACCUUGGAGAUUCAGUCGCUCGUGCGCAAGCAAGUCGGCGCGUUUGCGGCAUUGGGAGGCAUCGUUCAAGGAGAAGGCAUAAUCCCUAAGACGAGAUCGGGGAAGACGCUCCGGCGGGUGCUGCGGGAACUCGUUGAGAAUGGGACACAUGGAGAGUUUGACGAGGAGGUCACGGUUCCCAGCACGGUGGAGGAUGCGGCUGUAGUGGAAGCCGCGAGAGCCAAAGUUAAGGAGUAUUUUCAGAUGAAUUGGGGCAAGCACAAAGCGAUUGAGGCGAGGGAGAAGUCAUCACUGGAGACAACCGAGACGUGA